UUCUGCUGCUGUUAUUCGGCUUCAGUGGGAAGGAAAAUAUUGGUUGAAAUCGACUUUUACACACUCACGAACGACCAGUUUCGGUUGGAUUAUUCUCUGCACCUUCCUUACAGAAAAGGCGUUUCGUUAAAAGUGUGAGUUGAGGCGUUAGUGAAAAGAUAACGAUCGCAAACCGGUUUGAAAGCUGUUUAUUUUUCUGUCAAAGAAAGUAGCACACACUGCUAGCGGUUUACACACAAACAGUGAGCACACAAACUCACACACCAUCUCGCAUAAUCGCAUUCAGUGCAACUGUUCGCCACUGCACUAUUGAAAAAGCGUGUAAUGAAGCGUUUAAGGUGAAUGCAUUGAUCCCGGGGCUUGUUAUAUUUGUUGGCAGACCGGGACUGUGAGUCGAUUAGCGGCCCAUGCUGCAAUAAAGAGCCCUUGGUCCAUCAUCACAUCACUGGAGGAGGUAACCCCUCGCUCCCCCCCUCCCCCUCCCCCCCUCCCACACACCUUUUCCUCUCCUGUUUCCUAAGCUUCCCUGUCCCCCUAAAGGCCUAUUAGGAACGUGGGUCUGUUCCGUCCCAUUCUCCAAGCCUCCAUUUGUCUUUGUAAUUCCACUUGGCCAGUAGGGGGCUGACCACUCAUUGGACACCCCAAAACAUGUCCUCCAUCUUGCCUUUCACUCCGCCCGUGGUGAAGCGUUUGCUGGGCUGGAAGAAGUCAGCUAGUGGUUCGAGUGGAGCGGGCGGGGAGCAGAACGGCCAGGAGGAAAAAUGGUGCGAGAAGGCCGUCAAAAGCUUGGUGAAGAAGCUGAAGAAGACAGGCCAGCUGGACGAGCUGGAGAAAGCCAUCACCUCACAGAACUGCAACACCAAGUGUGUCACCAUCCCCAGCAAUUGCUCUGAAAUUUGGGGACUGAGUACACCAAAUACGAUAGAACAGUGGGAUACAUCAGGCCUUUACAGCUACCCUGACCAAACCAGAUCUCUGGACGGGCGUCUGCAGGUGUCUCACCGUAAAGGUCUGCCUCAUGUCAUCUACUGUCGCCUGUGGCGAUGGCCCGACCUGCACAGCCAUCAUGAGCUGCGCGCCAUCGAGACAUGCGAGUAUGCCUUCAACCUCAAGAAGGAUGAAGUGUGCGUCAACCCCUACCACUACCAACGGGUGGAGACGCCAGUUCUUCCUCCUGUUCUUGUGCCAAGACACACAGAGAUCUUGACUGAACUGCCUCCUCUUGACGACUACACCAACUCCAUUCCUGAAAACACCAACUUCCCCACAGGGAUCGAGCCCCCUAACAACUACAUACCAGAAACUCCUCCACCGGGAUACAUCAGUGAGGAUGGGGAAGCCAGCGACCAGCAGAUGAAUCAAAGUAUGGACACAGGUUCUCCUGCGGAACUGUCGCCGAGCACACUCUCACCUGUCAAUCAUGCCAUGGACCUGCAGCCAGUGACUUAUUCAGAGCCUGCAUUUUGGUGCUCCAUUGCUUACUAUGAACUUAACCAGCGAGUUGGUGAAACAUUCCACGCCUCUCAGCCUUCUCUUACUGUGGACGGCUUCACAGACCCCUCCAAUUCAGAGCGAUUCUGCCUUGGUCUCCUGUCCAAUGUCAACCGCAACGCCACUGUGGAGAUGACCCGUAGACAUAUAGGACGAGGGGUCAGACUGUAUUAUAUUGGAGGGGAGGUGUUUGCUGAAUGUCUUAGCGACAGCGCCAUCUUCGUUCAGAGCCCUAACUGUAAUCAGAGGUAUGGCUGGCACCCGGCGACAGUCUGUAAAAUCCCCCCAGGCUGUAACCUGAAGAUCUUCAAUAACCAGGAGUUUGCAGCACUACUGGCUCAGUCAGUGAACCAGGGCUUUGAAGCUGUAUAUCAGUUGACCAGGAUGUGCACUAUUCGCAUGAGUUUUGUCAAAGGCUGGGGAGCCGAGUACAGACGGCAGACAGUCACAAGCACUCCCUGCUGGAUCGAGCUGCAUCUGAACGGUCCCCUGCAGUGGCUGGAUAAGGUUCUGACCCAGAUGGGCUCGCCCUCUGUACGAUGUUCCAGUAUGUCCUAAUCGCCAUGAAGAUGCUCCAUCUCUCUUCUGACCCAAAAACGACUGAUUCUACAAUCAUCUCAAAUGACAACUCCAAGAAUAACAGACUCAAAGAAUAGCCCCCCCCAUUCAUAGUACUUGUGACCCUUUAUGUCUAUCUUGGCAUGCCACGCCUCCCCCAAAAACACUGAUGUUCUCACCAUUCAGAAACGAACACGGCACCUGCUGUCACAUCAGCUUCAUGCACCUUUUAAUUCUCUUGUUUUCUAUCCUAAAAUCCCUCAAUAUUAAAUGUGUUAGUUGUAGAAUUUUAAAUGUAUAUUGGUUUUUUAUUUUAUUUUCUAUUGUUUUGAGAAGGAGGGAUAGUGUGUAUGUUGUGUGGAAGUUCUGAAAGGCAGAAAAUAACUUCACACACUUGUGUAGCAGUAAAGCUGCUCCCCUGUUAAACAAUGAAGUGAAUACUCCGACUUUAACAAUCUGAAUUCGAUUGUUCAAGGAGUUAACUUUUUCUGGCAAAAAGUAACAUUCUUUCAUUUUAUUCACGUGGAAUAAUUGUGUAAAUUAAAGCGUUAAGACCAAGUCAUGGUCCUCAACUUCGAUUUCUGAAAGUAAUGCUAAAAGAUAGCCAAACCACUAUAUAAGAGUGUUGCCUUUGAUUUGAGAUAUGCUGCUGUAAGACGUGCUUCUUGUAUUCAGAUGCAAACUGAUAGGAAUGUUGACAGGAAACCAAAAAAAAAAAAAAAAAAAAGAAAGACCCAUGUUUAAUUCUUACCUUCCUUUCCGUGUGGUUAAACCACCCUUCCUAUUUAACAUUUUAUUCACUGGGUGAAAUAUUCACUAGUUAGCUAUAGAGUGGUUUUGGAGUCUGUUUUCUUCAGGAAAAAUUUUUUUGUUUUUGUUUUUAAGAAUGAACAAAGACUUUCAAAGGUUAUUAAAAUGGUCUCAUGCAAUCAUAAUCUUGCAUAAAAAAAAAAAUAAAAAAACACAAAUCCAAGUAUUUAAGCUUUAAGUGUUCAGUAAACUAGGUUGUCCUUCACAAUUACAUGA